GAAGAACAAAGACAUGGGCAGGGUUAGCGUGAGGGGCUUAGCGACCACCGUCCUCCUCGUGGUGUUCGUUGCAUGCUCAUGCUUUGCUACCAGUGGCGCGACGAGAGACCUGACCACCUGGUUGGCAGGAAGGAGAGGGAGUGGGAGGUCCCGCCGACCAACGCCGAAGCCGAAACCAAGUUCAGGUCCGUCGCCAAGCCCGAGGUCGUCUCCGCCAGCUCCCCAAGGCGGGGGGACGUUCAACGUGCUGGAUUACGGAGCCAAGGGCGAUGGGGUAACCGAUGACACCAAGGCAUUCCAGGCUGCAUGGGCAGCUGCUUGCGAGGGAUCGCCGUCGAGUGUACUUGUUCCUGCAGACUCGGACUUCCUCGUCGGUCCAAUCUCGUUCUCGGGCCCUUGCAAGUCCAACAUCUUGUUCCAGUUGGAUGGCAAGAUCAUUGCUCCUGGUGGUAAAGCUUGGGGCUCGGGUCUGUUACAGUGGCUCGAAUUCAGAUUGCUGAAAGGUAUCAGAAUACAGGGCCAAGGCAUCAUCGAAGGGCAGGGCAAUGCCUGGUGGAGCAGAGACGAUCCGCAGCUCGGCACCGAGCUCAGUGGACGAUUGCCGCACGUCAAACCCUCGGCCGUGAGGUUCUAUGGGAGCUCCGAUGUAACGGUGACCGGCAUCACGAUUCAGAACUCGCCGCAGUGCCAUCUCAAGUUCGACAGCAGCCAUGAUAUUCAGGUCUUCGGUGUCACCGUCUCUUCCCCUGGAGACAGUCCCAACACUGACGGAAUCCAUCUCCAGAACUCCGUCGGCGUCUCCAUCCAUGAUACCAACUUGGGAUGUGGUGACGACUGCAUAUCCAUCCAAACAGGCUGCUCCAACAUCAUGGUGCAGAACGUGAACUGCGGGCCAGGUCAUGGGAUCAGCAUCGGAGGGCUCGGCAAGGGCAACACGCAGGCUUCCGUAUCCAACGUCACUGUUCAGAACGCCAACAUGGUCGGCACGACGACCGGCGUCAGGAUCAAGACUUGGCAGGGUGGAUCCGGCUACGUCAAGAACAUACGAUUCUCAAAGAUCAAGCUCUCGCGGGUGGCCACCCCGAUCGUCAUCGACCAGUUCUACUGCGACCAGAGCAAAUGCCGGAACCAAACCUCCGCGGUGGCGCUGUCGGACAUCACCUACGACGGCGUCGUGGGGACUUACACCGUCCAGCCGGUGUACUUGGCCUGCAGCGACACCGAGCCUUGCCGAAGCAUCCAUCUCGACGGCAUACAGCUUGAGCUGCUGAAGCAACGUGGAGCUAGCUACGACCCUUUCUGCUGGCAAGCCUACGGCGACCUGCAAGGCCCCACGGAACCUCCCAUCACCUGCUUGCAGAAUGGAAACUCCAAGUGAUGCAUCUAUCAACGUCUCCAUCCCAUUGACACGUUACCUUUAGUGUGCGACUAUGUAGGAUAUACAGUAAUCUACAGUGGAUUUGCAUGGUAUAGGAAUGCAGGAAAAGCUGCUUAUUUAAAGGCAGUAUAUCUACGUGAUGAUUCAUGUAAAUAUAAUUCAAGUCAGCGGCAGUCGCAUUUUGCGUUCGUC